AGGUGUAACGUUAGCUCGGUGAAUGUUUAUGAUAGUCAACCAGUGCGAUGUUAUAUUUUGUUCUUUUCGACAUUAAAGCACUUGAUUACAAGCUCGUAAUCACGACUUCAUAAAUGGGAAAUAUGAAAUUGUCGAGAGCAUGUAAGAUAAGUACGUAACGUUAGUGACAACGUCCCUGACUAACGCGUGUAGAUUCUUAUGCAGAGUACUAACAACAAUAUUUGCGUUUAAUAUCAGCGAAUAAUUUAGUUAAUCAGACUAACUUCGACACAGUAUUAUAAUUAAAAUGCAUAAAUAUUUGUGAAAAGCUAUUGAUAAUGUUUCAGGAAUGUUUUGUUUUUAUAAACACCACUUAUCCUUCAGGGCUCGUUGGUCUAGGGGUAUGAUUCUCGCUUUGGGUGCGAGAGGUCCCGGGUUCAAAUCCCGGACGAGCCCGUUCUUUUAGGUGUUUUUGUGAGAAGAUUUAUUAAUAGUUCUCGGUUAUUAUACUGGAAAGUAUAGAUACUAGCAUAUUAGCAAAAUACAGAAGACUAUUUGGUGGAGUCAUAUUGAAUGUAAUUGUAAUAUCACAAAAUUAAAAUGGCAUAUGUGACCCUGGACCACAAAACCAAUCAUAAGGGUCUGCUGAAUUAAUAAUCUUUCCAUUGAUUUAUGGUUUGUUCGAACAUGACAGUAUUUGGCUGAGAUAAAUCCAUCUGAAAAUCUGGAGUCUGAGGGUGCAAAAAAUCUAAAUAUUUAGAAAAUUGCCUUAAAGGUUCUUAGCAAUGCAUUUUAUUAAUCAAAAAUUAAGUUUUAGUAAAUUAAGAUAUAUUUGCUGUUUAAGAAAUGUACAGUAUAUCUUCAUGUAACAUGAUCUUUAAUUAAUAUCCUAAUGAUUUUUGGCAUAAAAGAAAAAUCUAUCAUUUUGACCCAUACAUAUUGUUGGCUAUUGCUACAAAUAUACCCAUGCUUUUGGUUUUGUGGUCCAGGGUCACAUUUGAUCAGUUUACAGAUAUUAUAAUUAUUACAUUAUCUAAUUUUAUUCAUUGCAUUUCUUUAUGUGCUACAGAAGACAUUUCUCCCUCAGGGUUUUUCUUUAUGUCUUUGCAAGUUUUUCCUAGGCAUUUCCUUUAAACAUGGAAUUUCUGAACUCACAGGAAAUCUUAAUGAUUCUUUGCAAUGACGAUGUACACAGAUUUCUGAAGAACUAGUGAGCUUUGCUUUGUCUGGCAAUGGGGGAGGAGAAAGACAUGUAUCACCUCCCCCACGACUCCACAGCCGCUUUAAAACACAAGGCGGUUAUUCACACUGACAACAGAGGCAGCUUGCUCUCAUCCACACACCAGUAAUUCUCAAUCAGAGCUCAUCUCCUGACAAAGAUCUGUAGCAGUCCAUACAGAGAGCUGGAUUUACGAGUUAUUCUUCUAUUACGCAAAACAGUUUUCAGUUUUUAGCCAUGGAGGAUCAGGAAUGUGGGGUAUGUUACCUGCAUUACUCCCGCAUCGACCGCGUUCCCAGAACCCUCCACUGCAACCACACAUUCUGCACCCCCUGUCUGGAGGCAAUGGGGCAGCACAACAGCGGCCUGCGCACCAUUCGCUGUCCCUUCUGUCGCCAGGUGACAUGUGUGGUCCGAGGGCUCAGCUUGCAGGAGGCUCUUUUUGUUAAUAGCCAACUGUGGGACAACAUUUGUGAUGAGCAAGUGGAGGAAGAGGACGAGAGAGAGCAGGAAAAGGAGAAAGAGGGGAAAAACACUAAUAUGCAGGUGCUGCCCUCAUCCCAGGCUGAAUGUCAAGUGCCAAAACACUGCGGAUCCAAAUUCCGACUCCCAGCUUUCCUUAAGAGAAUGAAUUUGUCCAGGCAUCCUGAAGAGAGGAUUGUUCCCACCUGCAAUAUCUGAGCAACCUGAGGACAAAUGAUGUCAUGGCGAAGGCUUUCAUCAGAAGAGAUUAUUUGAAAAGUCGAAUGGACCAUAAACAAAGGAUUAACAAUAGAAACACUAGACUUUCCGUAUGUUUUGCUGCUGUCUUUAAAAGUGUAUGGCAUGUUCUAAUUACGCCUGGCAUACUGAAAGAGCAGGAGCAACAGUCGGUCCUGGACAAGGUUGUUUAAACAAACCCAAUCCCCUCCAUGUGCUUCUGCGACUGAAUUUUCCAAUUGAAUAGCCACAAGUCUGAAUCCCGCUCCUCCAUCUGAGGGGAAGUUCUCAUUAGGUAUUCCACCUUUAAUCCGUCCCAGCUGCUGAGGCCGGGUUUGUUUCAGCUGUCCCGAGAGAGAGCGAGAGAGAGAGGGUCCCAGAUGCGAAACAAGACUUUCUAUGCAGAUGGCAUCUUCCCCUUGAAAUAUCUCCCCCAUGUCUCAAAUGGACACUUUUAAGUUAUUAUAAACUUUGUUAUUUAUAUAAUUUACAAAUGCUUGUAAAUAAAAAAUUAUGAUCGGUGAA